AUGUUUGAGGAGCCCCGCUGCGCUGUUUGCAUCAGUAACGCCAACUAUUACGCCUGUGAGAAGGGCCUCUCAGGAAUCCAGCUGUUAAUGGCCAAGAAAUUCGACAAAAUACGUCUGGAUGAGAACAAGUAUGAGAUCUGGAGAGACACGGGUCUGGCUCUGAUGGAAGACGCCCCGUAUAAAGUGGAUAUGGGGAAAAUCAGAUCUCCAGUGCUUCUGGUCAGUGGCUGUGAUGAUCAAAACUGGCCUGUACUGGAAACCGCUGACAGGAUGGCCCAGGUGAUUGAAGCUUCUGGGAAGACACACCUCCUGUACAGGCUGGAGUAUCCCAACACCGGACAUCUGAUCGAGCCACCUUUUUCCCCUCAUUUCAGAGCCACUAACCUCACUCUCCACGGCACCAAAGACAAAGGUGCUAAGGUUUUCCAUAGAUUUAUAUAUGGUUAAUGUCAGGUGAUUAGGAUCUUCAUCUUGCUAAACGUCCACCAUUGUUUCAUCUUCAUCAUUCUGGUAGAUGGCGACAGUUGUUCAUCAAGAAUGCCUCGUUAUGUUUGUACAUUUGUCCUUCUUUUAAUUAUAAGAAGGGCAGGAUGCUGAAAAACAGCCCAGCACUAUGAUGUUCCCACCUCCAAACAUCACUGUUGGUAUUCCAGCAUUUCACAGACUUGUCUAAAUGUUUAGCAAACUUUAAACACACUUCAACAUGCUUUACCUUCAGUAGUGGAGUCUUACAUGGUACGCUUGUGUUACUUAUUGUUUUCUUUGGGACAAUGUACC